UCUCAGUUGGGCCUGAAAUCCUUGUACACCAUCUGGACGCCCGGCCCGUCCGUGAAUACCCGCCAUUUUUUUCCUCUCGCUGCGUUACCCGCCUCCAGCUUCCGAUCCGGCCUCGGUGACCUCCUCCACCGGCUCCUCGAAGCCGUCUCCAAAUUACUCUCGCCUCGUGCUCCUCCUCAUCCCACCCCUCCUGGAGGCGCGUGGUGGACGUUGCGUUGUCUGGUGGCGCCACCCUUGGGUCGUCCGCGGCGUGCACCGUGGCUGUUCGACGGAAUGCCCCACCGAAAGAGGAUUAAAUUUCCUAGCAAAAUAUGCACCAAACUAUGAUGAUUGAUGAGUAUCACAUGGUUGUUCCUAACUGUCUGUUUCUUCCGGUGAAGCUAUGCAAUGCUGUAAUAAGCUUUGAAGGCGGGCAAACAAGGUGAAACAUUAUCAUGUCAGGCAGCAGAAAAAAUAAUGUGUUCCUAACAACAGGCAAGCAUCCAAAUGUUUUCCCUAUUGAUUGUCCCUUUUUGUGAGUCAAACAAUUUCCAUUGGUGAAGUUUGCGUUUCAGUAAAAUCAAGAACUUGUGGGUACUUGAGUUGCUUGGAUGGGCAUUUGGUUUGACCAUCAUGCUAUACAUCAGAGAUACUAGAUCUCUUACUGUUGUGCGCUCGGGACUUUAUUUUGCUGCUCGUUCUUUUUGUAACAAGCUGAACCAUAUAAGUGCCCUAAAGGAGAAAAGACCUGUUAGGUUUGAUAGGAAUUCGAUUCACGUGUUUGCUCUGCAUGAACUUUUGCAACUAUGUGCAAAGAGGAGGUCCCUCUUGGUUGGAAAAGGUUGGCAUGGUUUAGCCAUUCAUUUUGGUCUGGUAACUGACACUAUCACAUGCAAUAUUCUCAUCAACUUAUACACAAAAUGUGGUCAGAAUGAUUGUGCUCGCCAUGCUUUUGAUACAAUGCAUGUCAGAAGUGUAGUAUCAUGGAAUACCAUGAUUGCUGGGUAUACUCGUAAUGGAGAGGAUGUACAAAUUCUGAAGCUUUUUUCAAUGAUGCACGGAGAAGGGGCACAUAUGAGUGAAUUUACCCUAUCCAGUACUCUCUGCGCAUGUGCUGUGAAAUAUGUUAUCAUAGAAUGCAAACAGUUACACACUAUUGCUAUUAAGCUUGCCCUGGACUCCAAUAGUUUUGUUGGAACUGCAGUUCUUGAUGUUUAUGCAAAAUGUAAUAUGAUUAACGAUGCCUACUGGGUGUUUGAGAAAAUGCCUGAGAAAACUACAGUUACAUGGAGUUCUCUGUUUGCAGGACUCGUGCAAAAUGGUCUUCAUGAAGAGGCAUUGCGGUUAUUUCAGAGUUCACAAAGGAAUGGAAUACAAUUGACUGAAUUCACGCUUUCUGCGAUGCUCAGCACAUGUGCAAGCUUUGCAUUGAUAAUGGAAGGAACACAGCUGCAUGCAGUUAAUGUCAAGUGUGGUUUUCAUGUUAACUUCUUUGUGGCAUCAUCUCUUGUGGAUGUCUAUGCAAGGUGUGGGCAGAUUGAGGAAGGUUAUGCAGUAUUUUCUGAUAUGGAACAUAAGAAUGUCGUCCUAUGGAAUGCAAUGAUUGUUAGUUUUGCUAGGCAUGGCCAUUCUUGGGAAGUAAUGAUUCUCUUUGAGAAAAUGCAACAGAGCUAUAGAUGGGAAGUGGAUGCAAGAUUUAUUGAUCUUGGAGAAAUGUACAUGGGAGGAGGAUUUCUUCUUCCCGCAACAUUUGUUGAUUACAGUUCCUGAAGAUUCCGAUUCAACUUAUAACUAUGAUACUGCAGUGGAUUUACUGGAACUGCACCAGUUGAUGACAUUUUGGCCACAGCUGCCUUAUGGUCGGAUCUUUCUCUUAUCUUUCCAGUCCACAAUUAAUUCUCAAAAGUGGUAUGUUUACAAGUCUCAAAAUGUUCUUGCGAUUUUUAUAUUUUUUUUCCUGUGCUGUAUUUAAAUAUAUUGCAUACCAGAUAAUUUGCAUUUUAGCAUUUUCACAUUAACAGAAACCUACUCAUCUGGGCUUAUGAAUCCAUAUUAAUUGUAGUUUUUUCUAGCAAUUCUUCUGUUCUGACUUUCACAAGUGACAACCAAGUUUCCCUGGAGCUUGGUCAUACGGUGGGGGCAUUUUUGUUCUUUUUGUGUUCCCAAGCUUUCAAUCGCAGUUAAUUACUACCUAGGCUUGGUCCAGCAUGGCAUACAGUAAGGUGCAAGCUGUUGAAUAUCCUAGAAAUAAUCCAAAGAACAUCGGUUCCCAUUUUCAUUACCCAGUAACAUGAUGUUGUUUCAACUUUUCAAUCACAUGUUAUAUAGAAAAUAACAAAGACAUUCUCUCUCUUCUGACAAAUCAUGAGCAUAAGGUUGUGGUAGUUGAGUUCAUGGAUUGACGCUCGCUUUGAACUUCUGAGAAGCAAAGAUAUAUACGUAGUUCCUUCUGUGGCAUUUCUCAUCAACAUUGAAAGUACCAAUACAGUGAAAAUGCUUAUCCGUGUCAUUUGUCAUGUUUGCCAACUUAGCUGUGCAUAGUUUCCGUAUCAUGUUGCAACCUGACACAUCUUGUAUUAGGUCCUACAGAGUCUCCAUUGGUCCACCAUCUGCACAUGUUACAUCUGUUUCUCAAAAGUAUUGUGUGCGUACAAAGCUGGCGUCUAGAACCACUAGCAGGUACUGCGGAAAGGGCAAAUAAUGGACACUAGAGACCACGACUAUUCGUCGGGUUAGCCAUUUCUUGUGGACCAUGCUUCAUGAGCUCCAUGAAGCCAUUGGCCUCAUGUGGCUGAUGCCUGAUGGGUAUAUCAUAGCAUUUUGUAGGUCCAGCCAGUUUCAUAGGCCAGGCCUCUGCUACCUCCAAGUCAUUCACUCAUGUGAUGCACCCUCAUCUUGGCUAGUAGUUCAAUAAUGCCUGCUUACCAUCAUGACAUUGUCAUAUAUUAAUUCUUGGUUUACCUUCCUAUCUUCUCCAUACACUCGUAUUUUGUGUCCCAGGGUUUAUUGACAGUAAAACUCAACUAUCACAACCUUGCUCAAGACAGUGAAACUACUAGACAGAAGGGUUUAUUGACUUUAUUUAUUCCCAGACAAACAAAAAAAAAACUUUCAUUUUUAGCUGCAGUGUACUUUUACCUGGAUGACGUGGUUAGUUUGUACUUUGUACUAGUUGCAUGCAUCCUUCGACAACUCUCUUUUGCAUGAAAGAAUCUGUUACUUUUCUUGGUAUGUGUUUUUUUAUAAUGGAAACUUUAUUAACUCUUGUUGUCACAUCAAGAUGAUAUAGCUGUUAAAGAGUGUGCUCUCAAUCUCUACUUAACUAAGAUGCACAUAAAUAGGAACAAAAAGGAUAAAACAAAAUACUCUGAGAGGUGAAACACUUCAAAACACGUCUAAGAACGUCAAUCUACUAUGCGUAGUCCAGACAGCCACCCAAAAUGAGUAAAGAGCUUCCUGACCGCCCACUCCAAGUACGUGCACGCAGUAGCCACCGAAAAUCAUCGCUCCUGUCGCUGCAGAAUAGACCACAUACGGAACCACCGUGUACAUGAAAAGAUAAUAUGCAAAGGAGAGGAACAUUGUUUUUUUGUUAAAGACUAUCAUUUCUGUAUAGCCAGAUAGACCAACAAAAGAUGGCUGCAGCCGUCAUUAGAUUGGCUUUCUAUUGUUUACUUAGAUCAUGGAGCUAAUUAUCAAACAUAUUAGUUGUGCUACGUGGUGGGUAAAUAUUGGAGACCGCUUGGACUAUGAACCAUGCUGAUCAGGCAAAACGACAGUAAAAAAAGAGGUGCUUCAAGCUUCAUCCUCUCCUUCUGGUAACAAAAGCAACACUUAUGGCUACUUGCCAUUGUCUUUUAGAAAGGUUUUUUUUGGUAACAGAACUCCUUUGCCUAGGUACCAAAGAAGCACAUUGUGAUGAAUUAGUGCGUUGUAUAAUGAAUUAACUCGAAAAUUUCCCUCUUGCGAGAGAUUCCACCGGAACUCAUCACGCCCUUGCGACAAGCAGAUAUAUAUAAGGCGUUGAGUCAGCUCGUUCCAAGCAUGUAGCUUUGGGCCAAUGAGGCUCCUCUGAAAAGAAAUUCCAGCCAUUGAUCUUCUCAAAAUCUGAUUUGAGACCCAUCUUUGAUGACGAAGGAGCCAAAGCGGAAUAGGAUAUUCUUGACCUUCAUCAGUCUAGCCCAAAAAAUGGAAGUCAUCAGGUUUCCAUGUAACCCUGAUAAAGGUUUGGAUCUAAGUUUGCAGUACCAACUGACGACUCACCAAUAAUUUGGCACUGUGGACACCGCCGCGUAGGGGCUCUGGUGCAUGUAGCCGUACAUUGCCGUCGGCGUCUCCGGCUCCGGCUCCGGGCCGCAGUCGAGGUUGACGCCGAAC